AUGAGUCCGGAUGACUUAGAUAGGGAACUUGUUAAAAACGGUCUCGGAAUAUAUGAAAUGCCAGCAGAUGAGGUACAAGAAACUCCACAGGAAGAAGUUCAGAUACAACCAGACAUGGAAGAAAUAGUUCAGCAACAACAGCUAGAAGAGCCUGAAGGAAACGAACAAGUCCCUCCUUUGGAAACUAACUUCACAGAACUAGAUGAAGAUUUGGAACAGCCGAAAAAUCUUGACCCUCAACAAGUGUAUGCGGAGAAUAUGGAAUCUUUCCAAGAGUCUAAGAAAAAUUCGGCUGACAUAGUAGAAGGAUAUCGAAAAAUGUUCACCGACAUACAAAAGACUCCAACAUCAGAUGAAAAUAUUCAGCAUAGAAUGGAAGUACUGAAAGAAAAUGUACGCAAAUACAAUAAUCCUUUUUACUUACGACCAUAUAACGUUCAAUCUUUGGCUGAACUCGGUGAAAAUAAAAGGUUAAAUUUCAACAAAACAUAUAGAAAUGAAACAUUGUUUAAAGUUCAUUCAGAACCUAACCAAUAUGGAAACAAACCUACUUUUGUUUCUGCAGACUAUGGAACUACAAUGAGAUGGGGUCAUAAAGCUAAUCCGGAUAGGUGGUUCAUAAACUUACAACCUCAAUUCCAAGAAGUUGUAGACGCAAUGGAAUUGAAUGGUGAACCAGAUAUAACUGGUAUUUUCAGCGCGGCUUUA